AUGUGUCAUCAGUGUUCUCUUUUUCUGGAUCUUUCCAAUGGCCACUACACGUCCACGCCUCCCUCGUACGGAUAUGACGCAGACCGAGCGGAAGAGCAGCGGCGGCACCAUGACAUCCUCCCGUUCAUCGAUGACUCCCCCUCCUCCUCCCCCCACCUCAGCUCCAAGAGCCGCAGCAGCCGUGACACACUGUCGUCCGGGUCCAUGGAGUCCUCAAAGUCGGUGCGUGUGUGA